AUGGACAAUGUCAAGUAUAAUCUAAGGCAUGGAUCAACACUUUUACCAUCAACAAGACCAGACUCUUUUAGUAUUGUCAUUGUGGCUGAUCUGGAUAAACAAUCAAAGGACGAGAGCAGCGUGAAGCCGCAGUUUAUCUCGUACAUUAUGCAUGCUACACUCAAGGUCAUACCUGAUAGUUCUAGCUCACGCUUCAAUCGUGACGUCUACUCUGUUACGUUUGGUGAAGAGACUAAGUUCACGACGAGCAUUAAUGAAGCUGGACGUGGCUUUGAGCUAAGUGAGCUGGUCUGGUUUAAUGGCAAGCUGUUGGCUUUUGAUGAUCGUACAGGUAUUGUCUUUCGACUCAAGCACUUUGAGGGUGGUAGCAAGACAAAACCGUUGCAGGCUAUUCCAGAGCACAUUGUCAUGGAAGGAGAUGGAAUUGCUAGUAAGGGCCAGAAGCACGAGUGGGCCACGGUCAAGGACGGCGAGCUGUACAUGGGCAGUGUUGGCAAGGAGUUUACCGAUAACUCUGGCAACGUCAUUGGUGAUGGAAAUCUGUGGGUUGCUAUUAUGGAUCACGUCGGUGACAUUCGUCACGAAGACUGGACAGCUAACUUUGCGGCUGUGCGCACAGCUUUGGGAUGUGACUGGCCUGGUUACGUGGUACACGAAGCGAUUGAAUGGAGUUCCAUCCAUCGUCAAUGGUUCAUCCUGCCUCGACGUGUGAGCACGAGUAUGUACAAUGACGUCGAGGACGAGAAGCAUGGCUCCAACAAGGUCGUCCUUGCAAGUGAAGAUUUUAGUAGCAUCCAGGUGCGUGAAGUCGGCAAGGUCACGCCAUUGCGCGGAUUUUCUUCGUUCAAGUUUGUUCCACGAACGGAUGAUUCAGUCGUUGUGGCUAUUAAAAGUGUGGAGGUAGAGGAUGAAAAAAAACAGACGUCCUUUAUUACCGUGUUUGACUUGGAGGGCAAUGUGCUCAUGGAUGAGACUGAAAUCCCUGGUGCCAAGAAGUACGAAGGUGUUGCGUUUGCGCACGACUGGUCUUCGACGGUACCCGUUCUACAUGCUUGA